UCUUCGCAACUGUUGAGGCUUCGAGGCCAAGAACGAAAAGAUCACACAAAUAGAGUAAUUUGGUUAUCAAAGACGGUCGCCAGAGUUUGGUAACUUCAACAACCAAUGGGAAUAUUCCAGAGCAUCAUUCAGCCAUUGCCCCAUUCUCUCGAUACAACGAACAAAAGUCCCGGUCAACGGAUAAGCACAAGCAGCUGCACACUUCGUACUUAUCCUUCACCCAUGCAAGGUGUCACUCAAUUCCCAUAUUAGGGGCUGUCCCGGACUGUGUUCCAACUGACAAACAUCAGUCUGCUGCUGCCGUCGCGGACGUGAACUGGUUGAGAUGGCUCGACACCCUUGUCUACGGUGCACCGAUGACAACGAGGUGACGGACUUGACGGAUACACCUUGCGGAUAACGUUGGCAAGUGACCGUUAAUCCGUAUGGAUCCCCCCAUAUCCGGUCACCAAACGAACCAUUUCCCCGCACCCCACGGUUCUCGAGUCUGGGGUUUGUCUGGGGUAGCAGUGGGCGGCGGGGGAAGAGCCCACCCAUUCGAGUCCCAGCCUUCUCCGUGGUGGAUCAUUAACAGCCAGAUAUAUCUUUGGGCCGAUUUCUUGUCUGGUAAGUUUCAAGAGUCGUCGUCCAGCAAACCCAAAAGCAACAACAUCAUCUCCCAUCUCUGCUUCCCUCGCCCUUCCCGAAGUAACAGGCUUUACCGCUGCCAUUGCCCUUUGGUUGUUCUGUCCUCGUCCACAGACGACGACGACGACGACGACGACGACGAUACUUCGCGAUGGCUACUCAACGGCGCUCCGUCGACAAGCACGAGGUUGAGGUCCUCGGGAAUCGCGCUUCGACAGAGGCCCAUCUCGAGAAGGUGCCAGAGGCCAUCGACGUGAAUGGCUUCCGCGUGUUUGGACUCAGCCCUGAGGAUGCCGACUUCUAUACCAACUACCCGCCAGAAAAGCGGAAGAAGGUGUUUCACAAGGUUGACGUCCGUCUCAUCCCGAUGCUGGCUCUCCUCUACCUGAUCUGCCACAUUGACCGCGCCAACAUCGGCAAUGCCAAGAUCGAGGGCAUGGUGGAGGACCUGGGCAUGACGGGCGUGCAGUACAACACCGUCCUGUCCAUCUUCUUCGUCCCUUACGUCCUGUUUGAAGUGCCCAGCAACAUCGUCCUGAAGAAGUUCAAGCGUCCCUCGCAUUACCUCGGCGGCCUUACCCUCGCUUGGGGUAUCGUCAUGACGUGCACGGGCUUGGUGCGAAACUUUGCGGGCUUGAUGGUCACGCGUGUGCUUCUCGGAACCUUUGAGGCCGGAUUCUUCCCCGGUGCCAUCUACCUGACGUCCUUCUGGUACGAGCCUAAGGACCUGUCGACCCGAAUCUCGUACUUUUACUGCGCGAGCGCCAUGUCCGGCGCCUUCUCCGGCCUCCUCGCCGCGGGCAUCGCCGAGAUGGAUGGCGUCUCAGGGCUCGAGGGUUGGAGAUGGAUUUUCAUCCUAGAGGGCCUUGCAACGAUCGCCAUCGGUGCCGCCUGCUUCUUCUUCCUCGUCGACACGCCGGCCCUCUCGAAGCGGUGGCUCGAGCCCGAGGAGAUCCGGUACCUGGAGCUCUCCAUCUUCAUCAAGCAGGGCGGCGGCUCGCGCGAGGAGAGCGGCGCCGGCGGGCGCGUCAACUGGAGGGACCUCAGGAUGAACCUGACCAACUGGCGGAUCUACGUGCAGGCGUACUUCCUCGUGUGCCAGUCGGCGCUGUCGUACGGCAUCAAGUUCACGCUGCCGACCAUCACCAAGGCCAUGGGCUUCGCCAACACGCAGGCGCAGCUCCUCUCGGCGCCCCCCUACGUCGCGGCCGCCAUCUCGGCCAUCUCCUUCGCCAAGGUCUCGGACCGCUUCUUCUGGCGCAUGCCGUUCCUGGUGACGCCGCUCGGCAUCGUCGCCAUCGCGUACUCCAUCAUUCUGUCGCUUAACGGCGAGCUCGAGGCCAAGAAGGGCGUGGCGUACUUCGCCGUCGUGCUCGCCGUCAUCGGCAUCUACCCCAUCCAGGCGGCGGCGGCCUCGUGGAACGCCAACAACAUCGCGCCGGCCUCGAGGCGGGCCAUCGGCAUCGCGCUCAUGAACUGCGUCGGCAACGUCGGCGGCAUCGUCGGCAGCUUCAUGUACCUGGAGAAGGAGAAGCCCAAGUACCACACUGGCUUCGGCCUCAGCUUGGCGUUCGGAGGCAGCGGGCUGAUCGUCGCGCUGCUGCUCGAGUGGAGCUACAAGGUGGCCAACGCGCGCAAGGCGCGGAUGGCCGACGAGGCCAAGGCCAAGUACACUGAGGAGGAGCUGUUCAACAUGGGAGACCGGUCGCCGCUGUUCACGUAUGUGCUUUGAGUCUUUUUGAGUUCUGGUUGACGCGCGGGCGGGCGGAAGGGAGCCU